AUGCCAGAAGAAACUGAGGGAGAUAAUGCCAAAAGGCUCGAAAUCUUAUCAGCUGGCGACCCAAUAGAACUCAAAAGGGAAGGGCUUCUACGAUUUGUGUACCAAGUAUCAAAUAAUUUGAUCGAGGACCAAGACGAGGCAAUUGAUGAAGAUGGCGAUGAGAAGCAAGAUUAUGAGGAGAUGGGGGUGAGAACGAUACGUCUAUUUAGAGACUUUUGUCUCCCUCUGGGCGUGUGGAAGGAGUUCAUCUCUCAGACUUUGAAGCAGCCCACAGGCAAGGCAUUUCUGGAGAACCUAUUUGAAGCAGCUGCCAACACCCAGUCCGUUGACAUUUGUGAGGCACUGCUCGAAUUAGGUGCCGAUCCCAAUAGGCUCAUCAUGACGGAAUCAUGCCAUGUGCAGCGACCUAUUCAGCUGGCUGUCGAAUACUGGGUUGGUAACGAGGAGUUUCUGCAACUUUUGAUUCGUUCCGGAGCGGAUGUGAAUCUGGUUAGUGGCGAGGAAGACGCUUGCCCUGCACUCUUCAAGGCGGCAAAAGAACACACACUCCAGUCUGUUCAGGCAUUGGUGGAUGCCGGAGCAGAUCUUUGGGCUUCAAUUGAGCACGACGAGGUGAUGUAUACUGCUCUUGCGGCGGCUGUUGAGUCCGACUGGAGACACUCAUAUGAGUCGGACCACGACGAAGAUCAGCAGGAGGUGGGCUGUUGCAGGCGCGGAGUUGAAAUCCUAAGUUAUCUCCUACCUAAUUACGAUAGAGAGGAUGAUCACGAUAUGAUACAGAGUGCCCUGGUCAUGGCAGCCACGCGCGGGCGAACGGACUUGGCAGCGAUUCUUCUAGACGUUGGUGCAGAUGCUAACGAGGCAUCUGUUCAAGGGUACACGCCGCUCAUCUGUGCCGUGCACCACUCAUACAAAUCUGAGAUGGUAUCAAUGGCUCAGCUUCUCCUUGAAAACGGUGCCGAUCCUAAUACGGGGACUUAUGAGUCAAGAGGCAUCGAUAUGGGUCCCAUUCACAUUGCAGCGUCCACGGGAGGGGAGGAAAAGAUGCUAGCGCUGCUUCUCAGUUAUGGGGCUGAUAUUAACGCUCCGGCGUAUUCAGCUACAAACACCGAGUCGGCCCAAUUCUCGGCCUCAGAGGACGGUGACUCAGAUUCUGGAUGCUAUGACAAGAGAAAGGGGGGCAGGACCGCGCUCCAGCUUGCCCUACUGCCCUCCACUUCGCGCUACAGGACCAAGUCCAGUACCUCGGCUCUGCUUUUACUUCGAGCUGGGGCGAAUCUUACGGGUGGUGAGUUUGCCUCGGCGGCAGCAUUCAAUAGCAUCGAACUGAUGCAAGAACUUGUACGUCGAGGCGUCGAUGUCAAUGACGUAGACUCGUCUGGCCGCAACGCCUUGGAAAUAUGCGUUGAACACCGACACGCGGGCCUCGUCGAAUAUCUCAUCCAGGCCGGCACCAGCAUGGACCGACCGGAUCUGAUCAAAUUAGCCUGCAGAGGAGGGAAUCGCCAAAUCGUGAAACUUCUUCUCGACCACGGCGCAGCCCUCCAGUGUGCGGGAAAUCAAGCAUCUCUCCUAGUCGCGGCGGCGAAAAGCAAGAACUGGGAACUCAUGUCUUGGUUGAUAAAUCUGCAGGAUCUUCCGUACAGCUCUCGCGCUCUUUGCGUAGCCGUGACCUCAGGAAUAGGCACCGAUCAAAGCAACGAAAUUCAUCUUACCUCGCUGCUAAGAAAAAGGCCCCAAACCAGAACCGGCAAUAUCCUCGAAGGAUCAGCGUUAGCAUAUGCAGCCUUCUGGGACCAACAUUGGGUCACCGAUCGUCUUCUCAAGUUCAGACAUGACGGGGAGUGCAUCCUACCCCUGGUUGAAGAUAUUGGCUAUUAUACUCUUAUGGAGCGACCCUACCAGCUCAAGCGGAGUUACGAGACACGGAGACAGUAUUGGAAUGAUCCGAAUGCGAUUCGGUGUUCUAUCAUUCUUCCUUUUAUUUUGGCCAACAAUUGGCCGUCUGUCCGACGGUUAAUGGACGCAGGCUACCGGCCAGACCGUCUCUCAUUGCUUGUAGCGACCAGAAGUCACCCUUUGCCAGAAAUUCAGCAUCUCACCUCUCACAUGCACAUACUAGAUAUCAGUGAAGGUUCACGCAGAAAGUUGGAGACACCCCUCCAAGCAGCUAUCAGGUCACGGCGCCGCGAUGUUGCUGAACACUUUCUUGAUCUGGGCGUCGAUGUCAAUGCCAUAACAACUAGUCUAGCUUUCGGCUACGAAGAGGAAGAUAGGACAAUCCCCGCACGCACUGCGUUACAGCACGCGGUCGCACUUCGGGAUCUACCAAUGAUAGACCUGCUUCUUGAUGCUGGCGCAGACGUAAAUGCCCCAGCGGCAGAGUUUAAAGGCGCCACGACACUACAGAUCGCGGCCGCAACCGGGCAGAUAGGUCUUUCCAGGAGAUUAAUUGCACUGGGCGCUGAUAUUGAUGCGCCGGGGGCCAAGUACAAUGGGCGAACGGCACUGGAGGCGGCGGCAGAGAGAGGUCGGCUGGAUAUGGUGCAGUUCUUGUUGGAAUGUGGCGUGGGUUCGGAUCAGUACGAAACUGCCAUGGACAUCGCAAUAGCUCAUGGGUAUAUGGCCACGGUGGAUACGAUCCGGGAGUGGAUGACCAGCGAGGGUACGCAACAACGUGUUGUGGAUGAAGACGUGGGAAUAUAG